UGUGAUAAAUUAGAAUUCACCACAAAGGCAGACAGGAUAAAGUAACAAAAGUUGAUAUAAUUUUCCAAUUAAGCUAUUUCGCGUCUUUAUACAGAUUCUAUUUCGGGGGAUUCCACGGUACAAACAGUAGCAUGCAAAAUUACAACGAUAAUAAUAGUUCGCUGUAUCCAAAGCACGUGUACAAUACAGAUCCCGAUCGCAACAAUAUAACCCGGAACCUUAAAACUAACCUUAAACACUAACGUAACACUAAUAACAGAAAAAGGGAUAGAAUUAAGACAGAAAAAAUGGUAGAUAAGAUAGAAAUAGGGAUAUCUGAGGUUUUGUCUCUUUUUUUGGCUUGUUUCUUUAUGGGUACUGUUGGGUGGGACAUACGUCCCUCUCCUAUAACUGGCCAGUUCUCUUCUUCAAUAAUUAGGAUUUUUCCUUCCACAGUCAUCAAUACGACCUUAAAACAGGAUCUUUUUUCUGAACUUAUUUCUGAACUAUUCGGUAAUUGAAAAUACGACGCCCAGUAUUCUCACCUCAUCCGUACACUCUGCCGUCCAGUUUACGAAUGACCUGCUACGUCACUUCUGUUUUUUCUCCGGCUCCUGUUUACACCUUUGCUCCUCAAAUUUCUAGGAACUGCUCAUCGUACCCAAGGGACAGGGAAUAGAUAAGAAAGUUCUAGAAAAUAGAACAAAGGGUAGAAAGAAGAAACGAAACUAAACUAAAAUUAAUAUUUACAUAAAUAUAGCGUACCGCCACAAUAGUUUAGUGCAGUGUUUCCCAACCUUUUUGUGCUAUGCCCCACCUAAGCCUUUCUAAAAUUCUUAUGUCUCCCUAACAUAUACAGCGGCUAUACGGUUAACUUAAACUCUGGACAAGUCCAUUUUCGAAUUGUCCUUUUUAGCAAUCCAAUUGCCCCCUGUGGGGCGUGGGCCCCACGUUGGGAAACACUGGUUUGUGGCUAGUGUGACACGGGAUAGCGUAGGUUACGUUUGUGUUUUUGGAGAGUGUUGAGUUAAAUUAAAAUAAAAACAAUGUCGACAAAAAAGUUUAGUAGUGUAAUAUGGAAAUAUUUUACGAUAGUAAAUGACGAAUGUGCUAAAUGUAAAAUUUGUGAAGGAAAGUAUUCCCGUAAGGGUAAAGGUACAACAUCGUUAAAAAAUCACCUCCAGAGGAAACAUCCACAAGAAUAUGCUUUAUUCUUAAAAGAAGAGUCUGCUAAGAAGAGUGCCGACGAAAAUGUUCAACAGGGAACAUCUUUACAAACGGUAAAAAGAGAAUUUAGACAAACAUUUUUUAAUGAAUACAUAGAAAAACUCAAAAGGUGGGAUAAUACAAACCCCAAAUCAAUAAAAAUUGACUAUUUAAUUGCAAAAAUGAUAGCUUUAUCUGAUUUACCUUUUCAACACACAGAAGGAUUGGGGUUCCGACGAUUGUUGAAUCAUGUUGUUCCAAAUUAUGUUCUAAAAGGCAGGAAAUAUUUUACGGAACUUGUUUGCAGCGAACUUUACGAUAAAGUGUCAUCGAAAAUAAAGAUCAUAUUGAAGGAUUUUGAGAAAGUUUCCUUUACAUCAGAUAUCUGGUCAGAUUCUUCGUCGGGAGUUUCAUUAUUAUCCUUAACAUGUCAUGGUAUUAGAAAAGAUUUUAGAAGAAAAAAUAUCGUUUUGAAAACGGAGAAUCUUGACGAACGCCACACGGGAGAUUACAUUUCGGCAAUAUUUCAACGUAUGCUCGAAGAGUGGGGAAUCUCAAAACAGAAUGUGCACUGCAUAGUAAGAGAUCCAACAUGAAGCGUGCCUGCACUUUAUCUGACAUAAAUAAUAUCGACUGUACAGCACAUCAGCCGCAUCUGGUGGUCAAAAAAGCUAUUAAAAAUGUUGAUGCAAUAUCCAUGUUACUUACAAAAUGCAGAAAAAU